CAAUAACAUUCAGUCCGUAUUGAUCAACUUCCGGUAACGAAAAUCCGCCAUAUUUAAAUUUUAACGUAAAUUGAACGGGGACUUUGUUGACUUCAUCCGUCAACAUCUGCCGUAUUUUUCCUUGCUAAGCAUAAAUUGUGUGCUAAGCUAAAUCUACAACAAACAAGAUGUCUAUUGGAGUUCCAAUCAAAGUUCUGCACGAGGCUGAGGGCCAUAUUGUGACCCUUGAAACCAACACCGGCGAAGUGUACAGAGGAAAAUUGAUCGAAGCCGAAGACAAUAUGAACUGCCAACUUAGCAGCAUUACAGUCACCUAUAGAGAUGGAAGAGUCGCACAACUUGAAAAUGUGUACGUUAGAGGCAGCAAAAUUCGUUUCCUUAUCCUACCAGACAUGUUGAAAAAUGCCCCAAUGUUCAAAAAGAUCCAGGGUCGGAGUGGGGGCGCAGGAAGGGGCAAAUCUGCUAUUCUCAGAGCUCAAGCUGCCAGAGGCAGAGGUGGAAGGGGUGGUCCAAUGAGAGGUCGUGGUCGGGGAGGUAACAUGUACCAACAAAGGAAUUAACACUAACAACUCAUCUGUACAUACAAUCAUCAUCAAACACUCACUUUGAACAAGGAUGAAACUACUUGAACUCGCAUCAUAUGGACUGAUAACAGUCAUUGGAGUUGGAGUGUUAUAGGAAUCGUCAAGCAUCAUCGGGGACUGUUUUAUAACAAUUAUCAGUGAAAACUCCUCUUGAAUUGAGAUUAUUAGAACGCUUGGUCAAUAGAACAUUCCAUAAGACAUCAUGAAAGAAUCAUUGAGAGACCCCAUCAUGUGAGGCAUUAACAGUGAAUGUUUGCUGGCAACUAGCGUUGGAAUAUAUUAUGAGUUUUGCAUUGAAAGGCUAACAUCAUAAAACAUUGAGACAUGGUCAAGAAUUUGAGAAGAUUUUUUAAGCACUCAAUAUUGAGUAAUAAGUAAUCUAUUUGUAUCAAAUGCCACGCGAAUAACAGAGGAAUUCUACAUACUUACAAUUAACUGUCAAUUGAAUUUCGUGAAUUUUGAGUUUAGAGCUUUAUCAGCGGAAUAAUGAUGCAGAAAAUCCUUGAAAUAGAUUACCCUGGUGCUUUAAAUUUAAAAAUGAACAACAGUUACUUGCUAUCAUGGCUAUCUUUAUUUUAUCUCACACAUUCAUCUUAUCAAUGAAUUUUAGUCUAAAUGAUGAUAAUACUGGCAGUUUCAUAUUUUCAUGUGUCACUGAAUUACAAAUAAUCAAGUCUUCAAACAUUCUUCAUAUUUGU